UCCCGGCUAUGGGCGCCUCAGCAGCUGUCUCAGACGGACCGACGCUUUUUUUUUCGCCUUCGUGCUGCUGCUGGAUGGUUAAUCCACCAGGCAGAAUGCACGACAAUGAUUAUAUCACCACUGCUGUGAUUGGAACACGGGCACCAGCCCCCGAACAAGCGAGAGAGAGAGACAGUGGAGCGUUCGUUUUUCCCCGUGCCAUCCAAGUUACCAUACAUACAUAUGUACCUUACGUACAUACAUGGACACAGUACCAUGCGCGUACACACACUCUCUCUCUUUCUCACCCUGGGUUCGUAUAUGUGCGCUAUUUCGGAUUCCUUGCUUCGGGACAAUGCGCUCGCUACACGUCCGUCUCGUUGGCCAGCAUCCAACCAUUGAAUGCAUUCUCCCGCCACUCCUUAUCGACAGGAAAGGUGCUUCAAUGCCAUCUGAAGAGGGAAAGAAAAAAAAAAGAAAAAUGGUAAGCGUGGGGGAUGGCGAAAACAGCACGAGGUGACGAGCUGGCGACGAUGGAGGAGGCGCGCCGGCGAAUCAGGCGACGUUGAUGAUUUGCUGCAUUCCGGCCGCUAGGCCUGUUCCGUCCCAACGUAAUUCGACCAAGCACAACCACCAUCACCGCAUCUGGUCCGCCAGCAUGGCAUGUCAUGGCUACAUAUCGCCAUGGCCGGCCGUGGCAAUCAAUCCUAUGCAUCGCCUGUUUGAUGGAGAUGAUCCUGCUGUCACACAUCGCAUUAUCCAUCUGGGGUGGAGUCCAUCUCCUGUGUCCAGCUAAUCAGCUGCGGCCCCCUGUAAAAGAAAAAGCUCUCUUCGGCGGAUUAACGUGCGUGCGCCCCCCGACCAGUGGUCGCGUGAGUUAGCCCCACCCCAAAUCGGCACAUCAUCAUCAUCAUCAUCAUCACCAGCACCAACGCCAGCACCAACGCCAGCACCAGUCGAUGCUAGCCUUCACCUCCUCCGCAUUGGAUCCCGAUAGGUACCAUCGUCAGUCAUAGUGCCGAUGUGGCAGUCUUGCUGUCAUCACGAGUUACACCCUGUCCUGCCCUUGCGUCCUCAUUCAAUUCUUGCAAACCACCUCCCUACCAGGGAUAUACCCCCGGAUUCACGAGAUGCCAGUGACACGCAUACACAUGCCCUCGUACAUCACUUCGAUUCACGCCUUGCAGUCAUCUCCUAAUUAUACCACGCGUCUAUACAUAAUCACAUUGCGUUGCACGGCAUGAGAGUGGUGAGAUGCCAAACAGCAACUCCAAAAACCCCUCGUCCCCCCCCCUUUCCCCCUGCACCAUAUUACUAACUCCCCCACAAUCAACAAAAGAUGCCUAUUUACAAGGCGAAGAUGGCCAUGAAUCCAGCGAGGCCGGCACCGGCGAGCUUAACAGAGUU